UUUCUCUGUUAUCAUCCUAUCCUCCACAUACAAUUCUUCCUGUACAGCAAUUGGGGGCUCAAUUCUACCUCUUUAUUAUCUUACUGAAUUCUUCCUUAUCGAAGUCUCUUCCGCUAAAAAGAAUAUCAAUUACAACGGCAACACCAAUAGCCCCAUUACGAUACUCGCGACAACGCUACGGCUCCCAUAAACAAAAAAGUAAAGCAAGAACCCUACUGUUCAUACAACCAAAAACAUGGCAAACCAAAAGGUCCUCAACGUAGGCUUCAUUGGCCUCGGCGAAGUCGCGCAAGUGAUCCACCUCCCCACGCUCUCUCUACUCAACCACCUCUACCGCGUCGUCGCCGUGUGCGACAUUUCCGCCCAAACCGUCAAGUUCUGCCAAGAACGGCACCACAUCCCCAAAGGCAGCACCAACCCGUCUGACAUUUUCAACGACCCCUCCGUCGACAUUGUCUUCAUCCUCACCUCUGACGAGUUCCACGCCCCCUACACCAUCGCCGCCCUGGGCGCGGGCAAACACGUCCUGCUCGAAAAACCAAUCACCCUCAGCCUUCCCUCCGCGCAGGCCAUCCUGGACGCCGAGCAACGCGCGCUUCAGAAAUCCGGUAACCGCGUCUUUGUCGGGUACAUGCGCCGCUACGCGCCCAGCUUCGUCAACGCCUUCAAGCGCGAAGUCGCCGGCAUCGACAAGAUCCUCUACGCCCGGUCCCGCGACAUUGUCGGGCCCAACCCCCAUUUCGUCAGCCAGUCUGGCACCUUUCCCGUCAAGUAUACCGAUUUCCCGCGCGGCUCGAAAGAAUCAAGCACGACCCGUCUGAACGCGCUCCUGCAGGAGGCCUUUGACGGCAAGCCCGUCACCGAGGAGCGCAAGAACUACUGCCGCUUCUUGGGAAGCCUGGGCAGCCAUGACUUGUCCCUGAUGCGCGAGGCCCUAGGUUUCCCCGAAAGCGUGGCGGGCGUGUCGGCGCAUGAACCGUUUUAUUCGGCCAUUUUCAACUACACUGGCCCCCGCGGCGAAAAGUACGCCGUCACGUACGAGUCGGGUAUUGAUAAAGUCCCCCGCUUCGAUGCCCAUUUGACCGUCUAUGGCGAGAACAAGACGGUCAGUAUCAAGUAUGAUACGCCCUAUGUUAAGGGUCUCCCGAUCAAGGUCACAGUCGAUGAACUCAAUGAGUUUGGCGAAGCGACCUCGAGAGAGAUCCUGAGUAGUUAUGAAGAUGCGUAUACAGCCGAGCUCAAGGAGAUGUAUGAGUGCCUCGUUAAUGGAAAGGAGAUUAAGACGACGGUCCAAGAUGCUAUUCAUGAUUUGAAGCUCUUUGAUCUCAUGUAUACCCAGUUGGAACGGCAGAAGAGUGUGCCUCCUGUUAAGGCGUCGUUGUAAUUUCCUUUUAGUUUACAUCAUUUCCGUAUGUCCUUUAUUCUAAUCAUUCCUUAUGUCCUUUUAUUCUGAUCAUUCCUUCAUCUCCGUUGUAUUGUGAUUAGCUCCCCCUCUAUCAUUUCUGAUGGGGUUAUUUCGUUUAUUUUCUUUUUAUUUUGAUGAUAUUCAUCUAAUUCCUCUUUUGUUUCUUCUUAUUGUAUCUUUGAUUGGGAAAUGGCGGGAGGUGAGGCCUCAUAAACUGUUGGAAGGAAAUAAAGGAAAAGCAUCUAGAGCUCCGAUCUGUCAUAAAUAUUGUAUAUACGGUAGCUACAUGUAUAAAGUGCCGAAGAGAGAUGCACUGUACACUGUGUACACGGCAUGAAUGGUAA